GAGCACGCGCGCGCACACACGCGCGCACCGCUACAGGGAAGAUGGAGGACGGUGCGGCCGCAGCGCAGAGGACCUGCAUCCUUUAGCAACAUCACUCCUGUGAGCAGUCGUUUCCAGCAGCCUUCGCUCUGUUGAUGAUGGAUUCCUAAGCCGUUCUCUGACACCACUUUACCAACCCGACAGCCAUGAACCCCCAAAAGACAGAGUUUGUUCAGGACGUUAUGGAGGCGAUGGAUGGUCCUUCCCGCCAUCAACACCACCCCAGCCUGUCCCAUAACCACAGCAACCAGGACAAGCGCUACAGAUGCUGUGAGACUUCAGCUGGUGUCACAACAGAAAUGGCCAGUGGUGCAAAUGCUGAAAGCAGAGUUGGGAUGCUACAGCACCACAAGCCACAGGAGGAGCAAGACGCGGAGCUGCAACAUGGAGAUCAGUCUUCUAAGCCCCACGAGAUCCAGCCCAUUCCCCGACCUGCUGUGACACGCUACCGCAGACAGGGCGACAGUGAGGCCCGGCUCAGAACUCAACAACAGAGGAACAGGAUGAAGCAGCAGAGGGAGGCGGAGAGAGCGCAGCAGGAAAGGGAGCAGCACGCUAAGAUGACCAAGGAAGCUGAAGGUGAGAGGGAGGAUUUUAUGCUGGCCCGCUCAGCAAGUACUGAGAGCGGCUUUCACACCCAUACUGACCGUGCAGAGGGAGACGAUAUCCCAGUGAUGAUGUCUCUGGAGCCUGAGGCCCAGCGAGAGUCCGAGGAUGAUGCAAACAGCUACAGCCUCCCGCUGCGGCCCGAGGCAGAAGAGUACACUGAAAGUGCAGAGGCUGAACAGCAGCAUCUCCAUUCACAUCCUAACUAUGCUCUUCAGUUCCUGAUGCUGCCACGUGAAUCCUUACUUAAUAUCCAGAAUUCCCAAAGAGAAGAUAAAGCAGAGGAGACACUGAAUGGUGGCUACUCUAACUGUGUCUACAGCCAAUCGGGGGCGAGAACCUGUGUCUCAUCCAGUCAGGACUUGGAAAGUUUAGAUGCUGGACUUGAAGCGUACUCUGAGCCAUAUGACACGUAUUCGCUCUCUGAGCAUGUGUAUGAGGAAAUAUGUGACGCUCCAGCCUCAGUGUCAACUUCUGCAAGUGUGGCAAACGAUAGAGAGUCUCGACAGCAGGCGGCGACCGGCUUGCAGCUGUUGCAGAGCGGGGCGGGAAAAGGCGAUUACCAUCAGCAGGAGGCCGUGGGCUCCCGUCUGCGGCACUACGAUGAACGUUCAGAUGGUGAGUCGGACAGUCCAGAAAAGGAGGCAGAGUUUGCUCCGUAUCCUCGUGUCGACAGCUGCGACCAAGAAGACGAUACUGAUAACAGUGUUAACGGGGCUAAAAAAGGCUCACAAAGCUUUGAUCCUGCUGCAAAAGAUUCCACAGACAAAGAAGAAAAACGCCAACCGGACAAAUUCUCUCACAAAAGCAACAAGACUGCCAGUCGAGGGAAGUCGGCCAAGCAGCAGGCUGAGACUCCUGUGAAGGAGCCAGUGAGGAACAGUGUGGAGAAGAGGGAUGCUAUAUCUUUAGCCAUCAAAGACAUUAAGGAGGCCAUAGAGGAGGUGAAGAAUAGAACAGUCAGAUCUCCUUACACACCUGAUGAGCCAAAGGAACCCGUUUGGGUAAUGAGGCAGGACUUAAGCCCCACUGCUGAAUGUGACCUGCCGACAUCACUCGGGGCCGAUUCGCCUGGUUCAGCGUCACCUUCUCCACCAGGAGCAGAGUCCUCCAGUCAGCACCUGCUACAGCACGACAGCUUUGAAACCUCUCCCACCAGUAAAGAGUCCAGGAGAAGCCUUGCGUCCUUUCCCACAUAUGUGGAAGUUCCAGGUCCCUGUGACCCAGAUGACCUAAUUGAUGGAAUCAUCUUUGCAGCCAACUAUCUUGGCUCCACUCAGCUGCUGUCAGAUAAGACACCAUCGAAGAACAUCCGAAUGAUGCAGGCACAGGAAGCUGUCAGUCGGAUUAAGAUGGCUCAGAAAUUGGCCCAGAACAAGAAGAAGGAACCUGAGGGUGAGCCUCAGCCUCUCACAGAGGUGGAUCUUUUCAUCUCUACCCAGAGAAUAAAAGUGCUCAACGCUGACUCUCAGGUGUUUGUAGAGAAAGCUAAGGGGGAGAUUCUGGGCGUGGUCAUCGUGGAGAGUGGAUGGGGCUCCAUCCUACCUACAGUCAUUAUUGCCAACAUGAUGCAUGCUGGGCCAGCUGAGAGGUCUGGCAGACUGAACAUAGGAGACCAGAUCAUGUCAAUCAAUGGAACCAGUUUGGUGGGACUGCCACUGUCCACCUGCCAAAGCAUUAUAAAGGGUCUGAAGAACCAGUCUCAUAUCAAGCUGAAUAUUGUGAGAUGUCCCCCAGUGACUACUGUACUCAUCAGACGGCCAGACCUGCGCUACCAGCUGGGUUUCAGUGUCCAGAAUGGCAUUAUUUGCAGCCUAAUGCGUGGGGGCAUUGCCGAACGGGGCGGGGUCAGAGUUGGUCACCGCAUCAUCGAGAUCAACAGCCAGAGUGUGGUGGCCACGCCCCAUGAAAAAAUUGUCCACAUCCUGUCCAGUGCUGUGGGAGAGAUUCAUAUGAAGACCAUGCCUGCUGCUAUGUAUCGCCUGCUGACCGCCCAGGAGCAGCCUGUUUACAUUUAACCCACAAACUGACCUCACAGAUCAACUCCCUCAGCCCAGCCUGGACCUCAUCCUGUAUAGCUGAUGAAUUGUAGUGAGUUGUUAAGAUUGUUCUGUUGCUCAAACUCAUCUAGCUGCAACACAAAAACCAAUAUUAUCCAUGUGUAUGUAGGCUUUUAUUAUUACAAUAAAAAGAUGUUCACACCAGA